AUUCUAUCAGCGCUUCUAGAGCGGAAAUCGGUCCGCGGUAAAAACUGUCCGUCAGAAACAAGGAAAUCGCAACGUAUUUUAAGGAGAGGCGCCCCAGAUGAAUCUCUGCAGGUGAAUGUGGCGUCUAGACUGAGGAGCCGGUGAGUGCAGACAUCCAGGAAACGUCAGCCCAGAAAGCAAGAUGGGACUUUUAUCUGAUCCCAACAGGAGACGGGCUUUAAUCAGCAUGUUGACCCGCCUUAAUACUCCAAUCUGUGUGCUGUGCUACUUUGCCGGUGUUUGCUGGUUUAUGGGAUUAGCAUUUGAACCCUUCACGUUGCGGACAUAUAUGUCGGAGAAUGCCAUGGGAUCCACCAUGGUUGAGGAACGCUUUCCUUCAGGAGAAAGAGCUCUGGCCACAGGCAGAGAGUUUGCUGCUCACAAGAAGAAAGUCGGUGGGAUACCGGUUGAUUGGCUAGUGAAAACGAUGCAGGCUCGAGGGUUGGAGGUUUUCACCCAGAGCUUCUCUCGCACACUACCCUUUCCAGAUGAAAAUAAAGAAAGAUAUAUUGUAAAAGGUACAAAUGUCUACGGGAUCCUUCGCGCGCCUCGAGCUCCACGAACAGAAGCCCUGGUGCUUAGUGCUCCUUGUAGUCCAGGUGAUCAGAACAACCAGGCCGUGGGGCUGCUGCUUGGUUUGGCUCACUAUUUUCGCAGUCAGAUUUUCUGGGCCAAGGACAUCAUCUUUCUUGUAAACGAGCAUGAUCUGAUUGGUAUGCAGGCCUGGCUGGAAAGCUACCAUCACACCAACACUACAGGAAUGGACUGGUCUCCAUUACAAGGCCGCGGUGGUUCAAUCCAAGCAGCUCUGUCUUUGGAGCUCAGCAGUGAUGUAAUAACCAGUUUGGACAUAGUACUGGAAGGUCUUAAUGGCCAGUUACCAAACCUGGAUUUAGCAAACCUCUUCUAUGCCUUCUGCCAGAAGAUUGGGGUUCUUUGCACCAUCCAGGGCAGGUUGCAGAGGAAUGAUUGGGACAGUGUGUCAGGCUACAGCCAUGCAGUCCAGACCAUGAUGCUGAUGGUGAUGAAGCAGGCCAGUGGACGGCCAUGGGGAGACCACGGUUUGUUCCUGCGCUACCACAUAGAGGCAGCCUCCAUCAAAGGCAUCAACAGCUUUCGACAGUACAAGACAGACCUCACCACCGUCGGCAGACUGCUGGAAGGAAUGUUUCGGAAGCUGAAUAACCUUCUGGAGCGUCUACACCAAUCUUACUUCUUCUACCUCAUGCCGUCCCUCUCCCACUUUGUCUCUAUCGGAUACUAUAUGCCUGCCUUUGGCCUCCUGGCGGUCAUUUUGCUGCUUCGUGCCUUAGACCUGUGGGUGUUGAUUGCCAAUCCACCUGCCGUAACAGCGGAUGGAGUUGCUGAUUUAGAGCAGCAGUCCAGUACGGGGGUUCUGUCAGUUCUGACUCCUCUGGUGAUCAGCCACCUGACUGGAGCAGCUUUGUACAUACUGCCAACCCAUUUCCAGGAGAUUGCUGUCGAACACUUCCCAGUUUCUGAGACAGAAGCUGUUGUCCUCACAGCCAUUGCUGUGUACACAGCAGGUCUGGCUUUGCCUCAUAACACACACAGGCUGCUGACCGGUGAGGGGACAGAGCAAGGCUGGAGGGUGCUGAAGCUCGUUGCUGUUCUCUACCUGGCCGUUCUACUGGGUUGCACUGCCCUCAUUAACUUCUCCCUGGGCUUCAUCCUGGCUCUCACCCUGGUGCCUGUGGCUGCUUUGGUUACACCCCACGUGCCCAAAGCGUUGUCAGCUGUCGUCUUGGUGAUCCUCAGCCCAGCCUGCACGCUCCUCUUCUCUGUGUUUUUCUUCCAAGAGCUCCAGGAAAUGCCUGUCAGCUUCCAAGAAGGCUGGCUGCUGUACCUGUCUGUUAUUUCCCAGGGAAUCCUGGACCAUUACUUGUACGGUUCUCUGGUUUACCCACUUGUUGCCUUAAUGAUUUAUCCUUGUUGGCUGCUGUUCUGGAAUAUCCUCUUCUGGAAAUAGCCUGCAGAUCUGCUGAGGGCUUGAGACUAUUAGAUGAUCCACUAGAGGAUGAAGCAAGGAAAUUUAUUUUGCAAAAA